UCCAGGGAGACCGGAUAUAGUGAAUGCAGGGUCCGGGGAGACCAGAUAUAGUGAAUGCAGGGUCCAGGGAGACCAGAUAUAGUGAAUGCAGGGUCCGGGGAGACCAGAUAUAGUGAAUGCAGGGUCCGGGGAGACCGGAUAUAGUGAAUGCAGGGUCCGGGGAGACCGGAUAUAGUGAAUGCAGGGUCCGGGGAGACCGGAUAUAGUGAAUGCAGGGUCCGGGGAGAGCGGAUAUAGUGAAUGCAGGGUCCGGGGACACCGGAUAUAGUGAAUGCAGGGGUCCGGGGAGACCGGAUAUAGUGAAUGCAGGGUCCGGGGAGACCAGAUAUAGUGAAUGCAGGGUCCGGGGAGACCGGAUAUAGUGAAUGCA